GCCCAUUCAAACGCUAUCGAAAUGCCGCAGUGGGCACAUCUUGGCCUCGGCCUCUGCCUGGCUCUCCUUCUCCUGGCUGGCACCGCCCCGGCGGGUGGCGCGGACAUCGAUUGGUGGGAAAACGCCUCGCUCUACCAGAUAUAUCCGCGCUCCUUCCAGGACAGCGAUGGCGACGGCAUUGGGGACCUAAAAGGCAUCACCUCGCGGCUGAGUUAUCUCAAGGAAAUCGGCAUCACGGCCACCUGGCUGUCGCCCAUCUUCACCUCGCCCAUGUCGGAUUUUGGCUAUGACAUCUCUAACUUCUACGAUAUCGACCCCAUCUUCGGCACCCUCGCAGACUUUGAUGAAUUAAUUACGGAGGCCAAGUCGCUGGGCGUGAAGAUCAUUCUGGACUUUGUCCCCAACCAUUCGAGCGAUGAGAAUGAGUGGUUUGCCAAGUCGGUGAACCGUGAGGAUGGUUACGACGACUUCUACGUGUGGGAUGAUGGAAAACUGAACUCGGAAACCGGCGAGAGGGAGGCACCUUCCAACUGGGUUAGCGUGUUCGGUGGACCCAUGUGGACAUGGAACGAGCAGCGGCAGCAGUACUUCCUGCAUCAGUUCCAGGAUAAGCAGCCAGAUCUCAACUUCACCAAUCCCAUGGUCAGGGAGCACAUGCUGGACGUGCUCAAGUUCUGGCUGGAUCGCGGCGUGGAUGGCUUCCGGAUCGAUGCCGUUCCCCAUAUCUACGAGUACCGCUUUGCGAAUGGCUCCUAUCCGGACGAGCCCAUCAGUGGGUGGAGCAGUGACCCAGAGGCCUACGACUACCACGAUCACAUCUAUACCAAGGAUCAGCCAGCCACUGUGGAUCUGAUGUACGAGUGGCGUGCUUUCCUGGACGCCUAUCGGGCGGAGAACGGCGGAGACUCGAGGGUGCUCCUGGCCGAAGCCUACUCCUCGGUGGAAACACUGAGUGCCUACUUCGGGAACAGCACGCAUGAGGGCACACAGCUGCCCAUGAACUUCCAGCUGAUGUACCUCAGUGGCUACUCCACUGCCAGGGAUGUGGUCGGCUCCAUCGACUACUGGAUGAACACCAUGUGGAAGGAGCACCAAACGGCCAACUGGGUGGUGGGAAACCAUGACAACGACCGCGUGGCCAAUCGCAUGGGAGCCCACAAAGUGGAUCUGCUGAAUGUGAUUGUGAAUGCCCUGCCAGGAGCCUCCGUCACCUAUUAUGGCGAGGAGAUCGGCAUGUCCAAUGUGGAUGUGCAGUGCACCGGAGACGAUUGCGAGCAUAGGGAUGCAGAGCGUACGCCCAUGCAAUGGAAUUCGGAGAAGAAUGCUGGUUUCUCUCCGGGGGAUUCAACCUGGUUGCCCCUAAGUCCGGAUUACGAGAGGUACAACGUGCAAUCGGAGCGUCGGGUUUCUCGAUCUUCCCUGAACAUUUUCAAGGGUCUGCAAGAGCUCAAGAGUAGCUCCGCCUUCUUGGCUUUCAAGGAGGAGGGAGGCUUCUCUUACGAAGCGGUCACGGAGCAGGUUCUUCAGAUUAUACGCACCAACAAGCACAGCGAGGAGUACCGAAUUCUGGUCAACAUGGGCAACAACAUGGAGUUGAUCGAUGGCCUUGGCACCAAGACCUACGAGUAUGUCCUGGUCACGGCCUACUCCACUCACUAUGCCGGGCAAACUGUCAAUCUGAAUGAGAGAAUCAUUCUCAUGCCCCACGAAGCCAUUGUCUUGCGCUGGCUGGCGUGAUGUACCAAUACAAAUAAAAUGCAUAAAGACUUUAAAAAUAA